AUGUCAGAUAUGCAGGGCCGAAAGGUUUUCAAGGUAUUCAAUCAGGACUUUGUGGUUGAUGAGCGAUAUAAUGUCACCAAAGAGCUCGGCCAGGGUGCCUACGGUAUCGUUUGUGCCGCAACAAACAUUUCCACCCAGGAAGGAGUUGCGAUUAAAAAGGUUACCAAUGUAUUUAGCAAGAAGAUCUUGGCUAAACGUGCGCUGAGAGAGAUUAAAUUGCUACAGCAUUUCCGAGGCCAUCGUAAUAUUACCUGUCUAUACGAUAUGGAUAUUCCCCGGCCAGAAAACUUCAAUGAGACCUAUUUGUACGAAGAACUAAUGGAGUGUGAUCUCGCAGCAAUUAUUCGCUCAGGACAACCAUUAACUGAUGCACACUUCCAGUCGUUCAUAUACCAAAUACUCUGCGGCCUGAAAUAUGUCCAUUCUGCCAACGUUCUCCAUCGAGAUCUCAAGCCAGGUAACUUGCUAGUAAAUGCCGACUGUGAGCUGAAGAUUUGUGAUUUCGGCCUGGCAAGAGGCUUUUCCGUCGACCCCGAAGAAAAUGCCGGAUAUAUGACUGAAUAUGUUGCUACUAGAUGGUACCGAGCUCCCGAAAUUAUGUUGAGCUUCCAAAGUUAUACCAAAGCCAUUGAUGUUUGGUCAGUAGGAUGCAUUCUAGCAGAACUCCUCGGCGGACGUCCGUUCUUUAAAGGUAGAGAUUAUGUAGAUCAGCUAAAUCAAAUACUCCACGUCCUCGGAACCCCGAAUGAAGAGACACUAGCCCGUAUUGGGUCACCCAGAGCUCAAGAAUACGUGCGAAAUCUUCCGUUUAUGGCAAAACGACCAUUUACGCAGAUAUUUCCCAACGCCAACCCUGAUGCCUUGGAUCUUCUCAACCGGAUGUUAGCCUUCGAUCCAGCUUCUAGAAUUUCUGUUGAGGAAGCCCUUGAACACCCCUAUCUUCAAAUUUGGCACGAUGUGUCAGAUGAACCAUGCUGUCCAACCACCUUCAACUUUGACUUUGAGGUCACUGAUGAUGUCGGGGAGAUGCGCAAAAUGAUCUUAGAUGAGGUAGCUCGAUUUCGUCAUCAUGUGAGAAUUCAACCUGGUAUGCAAAGUCCCAGUAACGAUCCUUCGGUCCCAGCUCUUCAAACUUCCGUAGCUUGGGGAUCAGAAGAUCCUAGACCACAGGAAAAUAAUGAUCACGAAAUAACUGGACUGGAGCGGGAUCUGACAGUCGGCUUAGAUAGAUGA